UCCAAGAUAUUGCAGGCCACGGCGGUAAAGCUCUCUCUUGCCCAUAAACCCUCCGCCUUCCCCUCCGCCGUACCUCACCUCCAAUGGCGAAAAGUAACCCUUCUUCGCCGGCGGCAGCGGCGGCGGAUUCGUCCUUUCCCGUCUUCGUCGACUCGAGCCUCGACACCCAUCUCGCCAUGGUCGUCUUCCCCGACGACAGCGUCGCUGAUCUCAGGAGGAAGAUAAGGAUCGAGCAUGCUCUUUGCUUUCCAAAUGUUGGAGAAAUCACUAUCCAGGCAAUAAAGGUCAAGCGCAGAUCAUCCUUCUAUAAUUUGUCGAAUUCUAUGCUUGUUAGAAGUGCUUUUAAUGGGAUCAAAGGGGCUUGGUUUCUUCAUAUUGAUGCUGCGCCUGUAUCCAUGAUGAAAAGUCAAGGAGGAAUUGCAGAAAAUGUUGUACACGAGAAUGUUGAGCAAUCACAAAAGCAUGUUCAGCUUCAUGCAGAGCCUAAUGCUAGUGCCUCACCGGGCCACUGCAGUAAUAAAUUGCAAGGUGUUGUGGAUGAAAGGCAAUCAUCGCUUGAAACUUCUUGGGACAGAUUAGUGAAUCAUGGUGAUACAAAUGUUGACACAUCAAAGGGUCAGAGCUUAAGAGAGAAAGGGGUGUGUAGACUUGAUCAGGUUCCUAAUGUAACAGACAUGCACAAAGCGGUUGGAUUGCACAUACAGUCCAAAACUGACCUUGUUGUUGGUCAAGAGGAGGAUGGUGGAGAGAAAGGAUCUGAGAAUCCUGAUGUUGGGUCUAGUGUUGGAGAUGCUUCUAUUUUUGCUACCAAGAAAGAAAAAACCAGAAAAAGGCAUAAUGUUCCUGUGAACAAUUUAAUUUUGGAUAGAGAUUCAGAACAUCUCUCUCUCAAGAAAAAAAAGCACAACAAGAAAAAUGAUAUCUCUUUUAUGGAGCUAUCUCUUGAGAAUCCUGCAAUAGGAAAUAACUUUGAAAGGCCUGCUUAUGAGAACGAGACACCCAAGUUGGAAAAUGCUCCUCCACAAACUAAUUCUCAGAAGAAACAUCUGGCUUUUUCAGAGGUAUUAUCUGGUAAACUACUCCAGGGUGACUCAGUGCCCGAAACUCCAGUAGAUGAUAAAAGGAAAAAGAAAAAGAGGAAAAAGUCAUCCAAGUCUCAUGAUGAAGUUGAACCAGCUGGUCCAUCUAACAAUGGUGAUACUGGCUUAUCACACAGCAUGGAAGAACCACAUACCAAAAUUGGACCAUAUGAUAACUCAGUGGAUUUAAGUGGUACCGUUAUUCCUGUAGGUGAACAAGCUGUCGAAGGUAAUGCCAAGGAAGCAGGCAUAUACAACUAUAAAACUCUGACCAAAGAGCCUGAUGCUGCAGUCCAUACUGAAGAAGCUACCAAGAAUGCAGCUGAUGAGAACCAGGAGGUUCUUUUGGAUCAUAACCAUACAGAAUGGAGUAAAGAACCUAAUGUUCUAGAUGGUCUGAAAGUUGCUGCAUCACUUACCAAUCCCUCUGGAGUUGAUGAAGUUCCAGCUAACUCACUUCACAGCAGGAAAAUGUCCAAGAAUGAAUUACCGAAAAUCAUGUCAAGCAAGUUUGAUCCUGCUCAUUCUUCAGAACAUGUGAAUAAAGAGAAUAUUGGUGAAGCAUUCGGAGGCAAGUGUAGGGACCUGCAUGAAGAAUCAGAUGCAGCAACCAUUCUUAAAGAAUCUAGGGAUCCUAACAAGCUUGCAAAUGUAGAUGUUGAAGUUCCUUCUGGCACUGAUAUUAGAAGCACACAUGGUAGGAGGAAAAAGAAGACAAAGAAAACUGAAUUUACCAGUCCGCAACGUGAGAAAAAUGGGACUGCUCAUCCUUCAGGUGAUCAAGUCACCAAAGAGAACUGCAAAGAGAUAUUAGGUGACACCCAUAGAGAACUUGAUAAAGAAUAUGAGGGAGCAACUGUUCUUGGAGAGGCUGUUGCUCUUGAAAAUUCUGCUGUAGUGGAUUCUGUCAUUCUUUCUAAUAUUGAUGAGAAAAGAUCAUGCAGGAAAAGGAAAAAAUCAGCCAAAUCCAAACUUCAAAAUCAUGAGUUUGCACAACAAGAACCUGCCCACUCUCUGGGGAAAGGUCCCGUUAAAGAAAGAGCCACAGAAACAUUGGAAAUCAACCAUAAAGAUUUGGGUAAAGAAUCUAAGCCUACAACCAGUCAUGAAGGGCCUGCAGCUCUUGGAAGUCCUUCAAAUGUAGAUUUUGUCAUUCCUUCAAAUAACAAUGAUAAAAUCUCACAUCACCGCAAGAAAAAAUUAGCCAAAUCAGAAGUGUUUUCCAAUAUGUCCAGCAAUCAUGACCUAUCUUCAAGGGAUCAGAGUACUCGAGAGAAUUUCGAGAAAGCAUUUGGAACUACUCACAAAGAUUCAGGCAAUGGAUCUAAUGCUACGAUGCUUCCUGACGAUGGUUCACAGAAUAUAUCUCAUGGGAAUAUAUCUAAACUAGAUUCAACUUGGUUGUUCAAUGAUUCAUCUAGCAAGCAUGAAACCUCCCACCUUUCAGCAAAAAACAUAACCCAAGAGAACAGAAAGGAAUUGCUGGGAAAUACUCAUGACAAUUCUGGUAAAGAAAUUGACCAGAAUUUGACCCAUAAGAUCUCUACAGAUUCUAUUGGAGUAAAUGAACAUAUGGAUCUUCCCGGGUAUGGUAGUGGCAAGACUAACUUCCAUGAUUCUUCUCUCCCUAAAGUCGUCGAGCAUGAAUCUGUUCUUUCUGCAAAAGAGCUUCCACUGAAGGAGACUGAAACUGAGACAUUACACAAGGGUAAAAGUAAAAAGAAAAAAAAAUCAAACAUGCAUGCGCAAGAUUCCACUGCUGACAUGGUAAAUCCUUCAAGUUCAAGUGAGCAGCACAUGCACAAGAAGAAAUACCAAGAUGCUGAUCCUGGUAAUCAUUUUCUGACUGAUUCAAUGGUACAGCUCGCAGACAAGGAAGUUAAAACUAAAAAAGUGCAUAAUGAAAAAACUGGAGAGAGGUCAAGUAAUUCCAAUGUGAAUUUUGGUGAUACCUCUUCUAUUUUGAUUCCACCACAAAAGUCUUAUGAUGACAGUGGGCCUGAAAGGAAGCUUCAGGAGUACAAAUCUGACACUUCUUGUCAGGUAUCCCCGUCGCGGAAUGAGCAUAGCAAGCAUGUGCAUCAUCCCAAACAAAAAUCUUCUUUAUCUGAUGGUAAGCUUAAAUCUCAUAACCAUCAGGAUGGCAUUGCCAUUUUGCAGUCCUUAGACGAUGUCCCCCAGCCUGAGAAUUUAACUACCGUCAUCAUAGGUAGUGCUGUAGGUGCACCUCCUACUCAGAGCGACAGUGCUGAUGCAGUGGCUGAUCUGGCGGCAUCUAGUGACAGCACAGAAGAUAUACCACACCAAACUAGACGAUACAGAGUUGCAGUUAGGAAGGUUCCAAGCAAAAGAUUUGGGAAGGCUCUUACCAAUUCUAAACAAGAAAAGCCUUUGUUAGCUACUUCUAGUGCAAUCUUUGAUGAUGCUACAAGUGGAAGUUCUGAUGAUGAGUUUGGGAUUAGCAAUAGGGAAAAUCCUAUGAAAGCAGCCUCAGAUAAUUCAUCUAUGUCUGCUGACUCGGAUGGGGACCUUGAAGAAACAGUGAGCCCAGGAAUUAAACUUGCUGCUUAUGAGAAAAAAGAUGAGGGAACUGAUGGUAGGAGUAUCUUUCUGUCACAAUCAAAUGCAUCCAAAAAGACUAUGCCCUUAGGCACGAUCCUGAGAAGUUCAAGCAGCUACAAAAAGGCAAGGUUUUUGGCAUCUCAGUCGCAAGCUGAGGACUCUGAAAGCCCCAUCGGCAUAGUCCCUGAAACUCAACCUGACUGUGCUGAACCUUGAAAAUGCUUGCAGUUUUGUGAGUGAAACUACUGUGGUCCACCACCUAGGGCACCUGGUUUCUGCUAAAACACUGGUUGUGCAGAGAAGCAGACACCUUUUUUCUGGGGUUUUUUUCCCCCUUGCCGCUUUUGUAUUGAUUUUUGAUGGUCAGCAAAUUAUGAGGAUUAAAGCAUCUGGUAUUGGUUGAGGUUUUAAAUUGAUAGUGAUUCAAUUUUUUUGGAAAUAUUUAUUGGUGAAUGAGAACUCAGUAGUAUAGA